GCGAGAAGGUCAAGCGUGCGGAGGAAGAGCGCCUGCGUCAAGAAGCGGAGGAGGAGCAACAACGUAUUUGGAAGGAGAAAGAGUUGCAUGAAAAGAAGGAAAAGAAACUUUGAGCGAAGCUGCAGAAGGAAGCAGAGCGCGAUGCUGUGAUGGACAAGAAGAUGGAGAUGUGAAGUUUGGAAAGAGAUUAAAUUUGAAUUUGAGACUAUUGAUACUCUAUAAGUCUAAUAAAUUUCUUUGAAUUUCAAUGCAGUUAGCACUCCGUACGGGUGACUUUUUUAACCGUAUGGAAGCUAACCUGGGACCCUUACUCGAGUUCGCAAGGAAGGCGAGUGGAAAGAAGAAGGUGGUGUUACUCUCGGAUGACAAAACAGCACAAGCAAGUAGCGGAAGUGAGACGGAGAAACUGCGCAAGAAAGGUGGGAGACUGACGAUCAGCGAAAAAAGGAAGCGGGGCCCUAAGCCCGUUUUCGAGGACAACCCACCGAUGAUUACGCCUUCUAAGCGUACACCGCGGACGAAGGCAAAAGAGGGAGUGACAGUGGGGCGUGUUACAUGGUCACGUAACAAGAUCAAGACCAAGCUAUCUCCCUUCAUCGAGAAGCUAAGGAGCCCGGGAAAGGCGGACGCAUUAGCGAAGCUACGAUUUCGGAAUCAAGCGAUGGAGGAGAUCCGUGGACUGGAUGCACAAGAGCUCCAACUGAUAUGCAAGAAUGAGGGCGUCUGCUACAACGGGAAGGUGAAGGCCAUCUUCAACAUCGCGAGUCAUCGUACCAGGGUGGCUUUUGGUGAAAUCGAGGGCGUUGAGCAAUCCGAGUCAGGAGACUUUGAGGAUGAAGAAUCGACAACGUCCGAGGAUGUUGGCUCGAAACUUAACCUCUCGGAUGUAGCAAGAGUGAAAAGCGAGUUGGAGGGGUUUGUCCUGACGCCGUUGGAUCGUAACUUCACCGAGACUUUGGCUUUGUGCCCAGCCGUGUACCAUGCAGCUAUGAUGGAUACGUUUGUGUUGAGUCCAGGUUACCAAAUUGUCCCACACCCUGUUGGCGAAGUUUUGAGGGAGAUGCGCGAGGAUUUGCAUCACGACGGGCUAGAAUGUUUCGCACUAUGGGAUGGGAAGCGUAAAGUUGCUAUAUCAUAUGUGUUACUGAAGCAUAAGGAUAUUGCUCGGUAUAGGCCUAUCUGCCCUACAUUUAGCGAACCGCUGGUUCGAACUGGACGUCUCGUAUCUAAGGCGCUGAAGCGGUUGAGCCAUCUAUUGUUCAAGUUACCGAUUGAUGAGCAUUUCAAUUUGCACGCAGUCUCCUACCUUGCUAGUAAGCUGCAGCGGAUCAACAACAAGAUCGACCAGCUCAAUCCGACUGGUUUGGUGAGGUCAGUCGUUUAUGACAUCAAGGAGAUGUUCAGUCGGCUACCCCAUUCUGAGAUUGUGGAGGCGGUUGACUGGCUAAUCAGGUACUAUCGGGAGAAGGGGGAGUUUUUUGUUCGUGUAAACACGAGGGGUAGGGCCGCUACCUUCGGCUUGACUACUGGAGGCGAUCACUGGAAAGCCCUGAAGUUGGAUGAUGUUUUGAAGUUUGUGAAGUUUGAUUUGAAGCACACCUUCACACUUGCUACUGGUGUUCUGCUUCGCCAGACAGUCGGCAUCCUCAUGGGCAAGAGUACAAGACCGCCUUUGGCAUGUAUACUGUGUGCAUUCUAUGAGAUGAGAUUUUGUCGCUCCUUGAGGAAUCUGAGGCGUAAUGUGUUCGGACUGAGGCUAAUCGAUGACGUCGUACUACUGAGCGCAUCAUUGGAGCUGCGUACCUACAAGGCUAUACUCUAGCGCUUUGAAGCAUGUUACCCGAAGGGGCUUACAACACCGAAUUCAUGAAAACCUAACAAAACGACAAAACCUAACAUUUUUUAUAGAAUGAAAAAGUAUAACAUCA